GUGCUGAUGUUGUUUUCGUUCCACUGGUGUUUUCAGUUUUUCUUUUGAGUGACCCAGUUUUAAGCCAUGUCUCCAUUCUUGUUUUUAAACACGAUCCUUUGGUAAGCUAAUUGUACGCGUCACACUUUGAGCUCACGUCAUGACAAAUCAACAGUCAUUUACAGGCAGCACCCUGCGGACAGCAAAGGGCGGCUGUGGACCACCAGUGGUCCAGGGACCACAGUUUGAGAAAGGCUGCUCUAAAGGGUGGCGCCUCCCCCCUCCAUCCUCAGACACCUGUCUAAAUGUCAUAUCAGACAGCAGAUGAAUCAGUUGUGUCAGUUCUAUUCUAUUCUAAAUGUCAUAUCAGACAGUUAGACAGUUUUGUUUGAUUUGGACAGGUUGUAGUGAAAUAUGUGAAUUUCGCUCUGGGACUAAUAAAAAUAUGUACAUUCAUUCAUAUUCAUUAGUAUUUAAACUUUACUUUCAUCCCACAUGUAGUACAAGUUCGAUUUGACAUUUAGCAUCAAACUACGUAUGAGAAAACAGAAAACAGACCAAUAGAGUUUCAGUGGCUUGACAGGGCAGCAGAGAAAAGGUAGUGUAGUGCAGUUUUACCAUAGCAAGUAAAACACAGACUGUAUUAAAAAAUAAAUCACUACAUAGCAUUCUGUCUGGGUGAUGCAGUGUUUGGGACAGUGACUGGAGGUAUAAAGCAUAUGAAAAAGAGCAACAAAACUAGUUAAAAGUUGAAAGCUUUAAGAACUGUAGCAUUUUCAAUGGCAGUUUUUGUCAAAAAUUGGUAAAUAAUUGCUCUCAAACAGACUUUAUCAGUCAUUAAUCGGGUCUCACUAAUUACUCAUUACUUGCUCCUUCUCACUGUAUGAACUUCCAAAUGAAUCCUCACUUAAUGACUUGAAAUUGGAGCUGGAGAUUGUACUAUUGCUUUUUUUUAACUCUCAAGUUAUUUUGUGAUGCACUGAAAUAAGUUGGCGCAUUUUAAUCACCUAUUUUUCUUCCUUAAUUUGAUCUCAAUGUAUUUAUCUCUAAACAACUGCUGAAUGUUGGCCAAAUCAAAGAAAGCUGAAAGCUGAUGAAACUUCCUCUUCUGAAAAGGAACUAGCAAAGGAAAAUACUACGACAUUAGAUAAGUAUGAAACGUGAUUUUCCUGAAUUAGUGUGUACUCCAUGUGACUGGCCAGGAGACUCGCACAUGAUCUAAAUUACAAAAUUAUUUAAAUUCCUGUGAGAAAAGCUGACCUUAGCCAUUCCAAAUGUCAAUCAAAAUGUUCAAUAAGAACAUUUUGUGAACAUGUCAAGAAGUUGUAACAUCUUACACUUCCAGAAACUAUUGCAAAAAAUAAAAUAAAAAAAUCUGAUGCACUGUCUUCGAAUCAAUAUUUUUAUGAUUGAAGGUUAUUUAUUUGAACAAAAAUGAAAUUGUACAACUAAUUUAAAUGACCUAAGGGAACACCCAAAGACACAAAAUGUAACGACUGAUGAACAUAUCCACCCAGCUACAAAGCCAGCACUCAGGAUCAGGCAUUUCUCUUCAAGACAUUUCUUUUAAAUUGGUUCAGAAUCUGAAACAUAGUUUGUAAGUAAAUGAAACUGAUGAGUCAAUCUCAGGUUGAGUGUAUUGAAAUUCUGGAAAUGUCAUAACAUCAGAUCUUCACAUAUUCGCUUCUGUAUGGUGGUUCCAAUUCAUUUGUCAAGGUAAGGCUAUGACCUACACAGAUAACUUUACGCGAUAAUAUUUCCCAUUCAACAUAAUUUCAAGAGUCACAAUUUUAAGAAGCUGAGAAGACUUAAACUUCUCACUUCUUAAGUAAAACUGUGCUCUAUAUACCAUACAACAUAUGCUCUCAAGAUCUUUUCUCACCCACAGCAGAUCUGUGGCAGCAGAAAGUGGUUUAGUGAAUCUGUCAAAAACAAAAACAAACAGAAGCAAAGUUGUGGAAUAGUUUGUGUAAAACUCGUUAAACCUGCAGCAUUUGCAAACCCAGUUCAGGAAUGGUUUCUGAGGUACGUUUUUGGUUCACAAAAACUAAGUUCUGGUGAUCUGCUAAACUGGGUUCUGCAUAUUUUUUUUUUUUAUAGUUGCUCAAACGUUUUUGAAUCCAUUUGACAGAUAUGCAGGACAGACCUAGGGUAAAGUCUUUGUCAGUGUUUUUGUUGUUGCUUUAAGUAGACCUUAAUUAGUAGGACUUCUUCAAUUAGAUUUUCUAAAUACACAAAGUUUAAUGUUUAAUAAGAAAAAAAGCUAAAUCCCCCCCAAAGCUACUCCCCACUCACUUGAAAGGUGUUACGUUUGACGCUGUGGUUCUUGCUGUGGUGUUUUUUCUUCCUUCUCUCUCUCCUCGCUCUCUCUGUGGCUCCCCUACAUGCUGUUAAUAGCGGCACUGGAUUGUAAUAAGCACAUUUCUGCUGAGCACCUGCGAGACCUACAAUAUUUGACUGAUACAAAUUGGUAAGUUAUUUACUUCCUUUUUUCAGAAUUGUCCUACUUUCAGUACAUAGUAAGCCAUUGAUGAGCAUACGCAACUUUUUAUUUUAUAAGAUUAACUUUCAAAUUUGUUUAAUUUUAUGAUUUUAAUUUUAAGUUACAGCCCAAUAAAUCUUCCGCAUGUUCUGCCAUUAUAUUCUGGAAAGUUGACUUGUGAUUCAGCAGGUGUGCAGUUACGUUUCCUUAAACAGUUGUGAUUUAAUGUUUUAAAGUGUUUUAAAGUGUUUUAAAGCGUGAACAUUUUGUUGGUAAUAAUUUUGACAGUAACUGAUAGGAAGUAGUAGUGUGAAAUAUGGGGCAAUGACACCAAAAUUGAUGGUGACAAAUGACGAUGUGCUGAUAACUUUUCGGUAUUCAUAAUCCUGAAUAUUUUUAUGCAAAUUGCAGAAGAUUGUUUAUUGUAAUAAUCAUGUUAAUGAGAAAAAAAAAGAAAAGAUAACUAUGAAUGUUAUUAUGUUAUUUUUCAAAAAUUUAAACCAUAUUUGAUUAAACCAAACUAAAGUGUUGCACUCACUAAAGUGAGUGUCAUAAAAAGAAAAAAUCCUUUUCCUCACAGGCAGAAAUAUUGUCAUGCUUCAGUCAAAACCAAUGUGAAAAUAACUAAGUUGGAGCUUAACAGACUGAUAGCACCCCCAUGUGGUUGGAUCCAAGCUUAACAACUCAACAAACAAACCAAAGUAAAAACUUUCCUUUUUCUUUACAGAUGGAAAAGAUGAGCGAGGCUAUGAAUCCACCAGAAGAAGAAUACUGGUGGAUCGACAUUAUUGAUAACUUAACAGACUAUAACUAUUCUAAUGGUAGUGACAUAGAGGGAGGAGAUGUUUGCGACCUGAAGAAUGGCACAUAUUUUGAAUCCUUGUUUAUACCAACUCUCUACUCGGUGGCGUUUGUUGUUGGUGUCUUGGGGAAUGGACUUCUGCUGGGAGUCCUCUUUCAAAGCAGGAAGCGUUGGAGUGUGACAGACACGUUCAUCCUUCAUCUGGCCGUAUCAGACGUCCUGCUGUUGUUGACCCUGCCCCUCUGGGCUGCACAGGCUGCAAGUGAAGCCGGAUGGGAGCUUGGUACUGCCCUUUGCAAGAUUACUGGAACUGUUUUUACGAUCAACUUCUACUGUGGGAUUUUUCUCCUAGCCUGCAUCAGUGUUGAUCGUUAUCUAUCCAUCGUCCACGCUACCCAGAUGUACACCAAAAGGAAGUCUUGGGUUGUUCAUGCGAGCUGCGUUUUGGUGUGGUUGUUUUCUGCCAUCCUCUCCAUCCCUGACUGGAUCUUUUUAGAAGACACGGAAGAUGUCAGACAAAACAGAAAGUCUUGUGUUCGGGAGUAUUCAAAAUACACAACAAAUGCAGAAAAGAUGAUGAAAUUAAAAAUGGCAGCACGUUGGCUGUACCAUGCUGUAGGCUUUUUAUUUCCUUCAUUUGUUCUGGUCUUCUGCUACUCCUGCAUCCUGUUACAGCUGCAGUGCGGCUCCCAAAGUCUCCAAAAACAGAGGGCUUUCAAAGUCAUAAUAGCUGUUGUGGCAGUUUUCUUUCUUUGCUGGACGCCAUAUAACAUGGUACUUUUGGCAGACACAGUUCAACAAAACAACAAUACAGGAACAUGUGAGACAAGAAACUCUAUGGACAUAGCUCUGACUGUGACUUCGACUUUGGGAUACCUUCACUGCAGCCUCAAUCCCAUCCUCUACGCCUUUGUGGGUGUGAAGUUUCGCCGACAGCUACUCAACAUCCUAAAGUCUAUGGGCUGCAAACUGAAGACAAAUAUAAAAUUAGAGUCUUUCACCAGGAGAAGCUCCAUUUGGUCAAAUUCUGGAGAAACCUCCAACUCCAUUGCAGUUUAAAAGGAAAAAUAUAUAAGCUGCUUGUUUUUACAAAACAGACUCUCAAACAUGUUAAAAACUGACAAGAGGACAGAUUCUUCUAAACAUCGAUGAACUAUCUCACUUGACAGUGACAUUAAAGGACAGUGGCAUUUAGCAGACAUGUUUUCCCUAUUUGGCACUAUGCAUAUGUUAUAUGUCAACAAGAAACAUGAUGUUUUUGCAUUUUUGAUAACCAGGCAGCUACCGGUAUGUAAGAUAUGGUGACUUGGGUUACAUUGUUACAGUGUUUUAUAUACUUAAAGGACAUUUUGUAUAUAGUUUCUUAUUUUGCUACAUUUGAUUGCAUUAGUUUUAUAUUGAAUGUUUAAUUGCGGAAUAAAAACAUUUUUAUUCUUAAAAAGUGUGUUUGAUUCAGUUUACCAUGAAAACUUGCAAUCUUUAUGUGAAGUGAUAAUUACUAAAAUAAAAAAUAAUAAAAUAUAA